UUCCCAGGAUGGCUGAGAGGUAUGGGUUUGAGUAUGAGCUGGUACAGUACAAGUGGCCACGCUGGCUUCAUGGACAAACUGAAAAACAAAGAUUAAUCUGGGCGUACAAGAUAUUAUUUCUAGAUGUACUUUUUCCGUUAAAUAUUAAGAAAAUAAUUUUCGUCGAUGCUGAUCAGGUGGUUCGUACUGAUAUGAAGGAGUUGUUGGAGGAGCCAUUGGAUGGAGCACCUUAUGGAUACACUCCUUUCUGUGAUAGUCGUACUGAUAUGGAUGGAUUCAGGUAAUU